AACUCGUUCACUGCACUCUCAUGAGAUAUAGUUCUUGCCACUCGAACAUAAAAUUCAUUUCUUCUUGCCACCGUGUAAUAUCCUCUAUAUAUUUUUACUCGUUGUUUGUACGAUUAUUUUUAAGAUCAAGUUAUAUCCAUCAGAUACAAUGUAAUACAAAAUGCCUCGCUUUUUAACAUAAACUUCACGUAUAACGUGAAUCCACAGAACAGUCGUCGAAUUCUACACCUACAUCUGUUAAUUAAGCUCAAUUAAGAUGAUGGUAAACCCGGUGUGUUGGAUUUUUCAAUGCAAAGAUAACAACAGAAGACUCAGGGAUUAAGAACUCCCUUUAAAUAGGAUUAACAAUGACGUUUCUCGGAUAGUCAGUCAACAGUCAGACCACUCGAGAAAACGUUCAAAUAACAACUAAGUUAGGAUGUCUUAUAACCAAAAGAACAAGCAGCUAUCGCUACAGAACAUGCAGCUUUGACUAAUUGCCGCAACGCGCGACAAGUCGAUCGAUCGAUCAAAUCUGUUUAUCAACAAGGGGAAAAUAGGCCUUCCUGACGAGUUCUUACGAAUAGACCAUCUUGUUAAAGGCGCAGCGGAUGCUUUCUUCAAAGACAACACAUUAAUUUACCUUGUUUGCCGCCAAAAGUAUGUCUGAAUAGGUAAAGGUAUCGCCCGUCUUUCGCCCUCAAAAUUUCGCGUAGUGAACACUUUGUCAGCUGCCAUGGUUGAAAAGGUCCAGGCUUAGCGCUUCGAGCCACUUACACCAUCCGAACGAAGAGCAUUUCCAUUAAAUGCCAUCCCUGAGGAUGUUUCAGGAACAGAUGUCUGAGAAAAAUUUUAACACCACUUCAGAAUAUUCAAAACAUCCUUGGUAUCAGCUGCUAUCAGCCGCCAUGUUUAUUUACAGCGCCUCUGCAAAGCAUUCCGGGUAGUGAAGGCCAGGCUGCUAACGCGAGCGUGGUUACCUAGCGAGCCGUAAGAAAGGGAGAGAGAAAUUUGUUUUCCAUGUGAAAGGAAAGUGGUACAUUUUAGAGUUUUCUCUGAAGAAACUGGGGCACUAUAACCAAUUAUUAUGAGUCUAACCUCAGCAGCUGGUCUGCUGGCUUUGCUUGAUGAAAAUGAGCCAGAUCUGAAGGUCUUUGCCCUGAAAAACCUUCAUCACAUUGUUGAUGUAUUCUGGGCAGAAAUCUCUGAAUCUGUGGAUAAAAUUGAAGUAUUGUAUGAAGAUGAAGCCUUCAAGCAAAGACAGCUGUCAGCUCUGUUGGCAUCAAAGGUGUACUACCAUCUUGGAGCUUAUGAUGACUCUUUAACAUACGCUCUUGGAGCAGGAGAUCUGUUCGAUGUGAAUGGUCACUCAGAAUAUGUAGAAACAAUAAUUGGUAAAGUCAAUUACUGUCAGUACUUACAUGUACUAAAACAAAGGGACACAGUGCUUAUCAAUUUUUCUAUAUUUUGAUCCAGUGUGCACUGUCAUUUAAAUGUACAUGUACAUUCUAUGUAUCUGCAAAAGGAGCUGUUUUUAAAAGCUUAAAUGUCUCAAUAAACACUGUAUUGUUGUUCAAGGGUAUUUAUUCAUGGGCAGUGCCUAUUGGUAUUUUUAAUUUAAUUUAAGUUGUGAAUUUUGUAUCCCAGGUUAACUUUUAGGUCCACCUUGGAAUAAUUUAAAGUCUGUAAUCUAUCUAUAUGCAUAAAUAUACCAUUUGAUUUGCACGUCUGCUGAUAGAGUGCUCAAUAGUAGAACCAGAGCGUUAAUAUAAUCCAGGU